AUGGACCCAGAGAUCAUCGAGUGUUCGGCCAUUAUCACCAGACGCUCUCACACCAGGGUGGCCCAGCCGGGGAUGAUCAAGUCCCCGGGUGUUGUGUUGUUUUCUAAAUGCUCCCAACUUGGGGAAAAGGACAGAUUGCCCCACCACCCCAUGCAGGCCAUUUCAUUCGCUCAGGAGGAGAUCGCUGUUAGAAACAAUAGUCCAAGCAAGGCGGCUGAUCCCAACGCCAUCCAGUGCCCGCUGUGCCGAGGCCUCACCCCCCUCCCCACCCUGGGCCUGGCCCGGUUGGCCACCAACUCUGACAUGCUGUCCUACCUGCCGGCCGCCAUGCAGCGAGUGUACAGCAUCCGCUUCGUGCGCAACAAAGGGAAGCUGCAGGUCAAAAGGUCGACCGAAGGUCACCUGCGCUGGACCUCUCUGAGGACCAUGAACCGCUCACUUGACGUGGGGCUUCCUAGCCCACCUGUCACGGGCCGCUCAGAGGUGCCUGGCCUGGGCGGAGCUCUGUUCCGACUGACGGGCCGGCCCGUGUGCCGAGCCUUCCUCCUGACCGCCGUGGUGAUGAUGAUGGUGCUGCUGACCAGCAUCAUCAUCUUCCUCCUCCAUAAAAACAAGGAUAGCGGUGAGUGACAUCACAUCCUGUCUUCCUCCUGCUUUUAUAUCUGUGUUGGGAAAAAUGUUCUUACAAUUCCAUCAUCCUGAGGGAAUUGAAUGCAGUUGGUGAGCAACAUCUGUCUCACUGCUCUGGCAAAAAAAAGAAGAACAUUUCAGGCUGUGAGACAACAAGCAACUCCUAACUCUGACAUCUGAAGAAAGGAAGAGCUGCUCCUUCAACACUCACACCUGAGCUGAGACAAUGGACUAUUGUUUUUUUUUUAAGUGCCACAAGUUCCCAAAAAAAUCACACAACUAUACUCGCCACUCAUAACACAACCACUGAGGUGAUAAGCUUGGAAAAUGUUUUGCCGUUAUUAACCUGUGUCAAAAGCUUUAAAUGUUUGUUUGGCUGGACUUGAGCACUGUAUGAAGUCCCAGUGUGUCAGUCAGGUAACACGGGAGGUGGGACAGCACUGCAAAGUGAGAAGCAGCAGACUUUUAGCUUCUUCACAUCACUUUUCUCCAAAAGCCUCAAUUACACACCCAGUUUUGAGGAAAACGCACAAAAUCGUCACUUUUUCAUAUUCGUAUUGCACAUAAUACAAGAUGGCCAACCUAAAGGUCAUUUGAUGGCAGUGAAGAUAUAAAUAUGUGUUGGUCUAUAAAAGCAUUAGAUUCAUUGCAGGUUUAUUAUAAUACAAGGUCAAAGUCUAUGGUGGCUGCACCAGUCCUCAUAAAACACUUGACUCCAACCAUAUAAAAAGGAACGUGGUAUCACUUGGUUUAUUUCAAACAUACCAUUACUGAUCUGAAAUAAUGUACAGUAAUAAUCAUAUAUGAACAUGUUACCAGGUGGCACCUUCUUCUUCAUAAUCUUAGUUCAUCUGGCAGAUCUCAGCACUGUGUGUGUGGGGCCUUUAACACUCCUUCUACCUCCUGUUGGAGCUGCAGCCCCGCCCCUAGCUCUUAACCAAAUGCUGUAAACGGGAGCCAUGCAAAUCGAGCUAAGCCACAGUUAGUCUGACGCAGAGAGCCGAGGAUUUUCAUGGAUGCUGUGACAUUUAAAAUGUGCAGCUGGAGAGUGUAAAGGGUCAGUUCGACAAAAUAAGUCCUUUUUCAACUAGGAGAUUUCUCUACAUGCAUGCUGGGUUUAGGAGAUUGUAAUCAAUACAAUAGAGGUGAUUUCAAUGUAUUAUAAACCUCAGUGUCUUUCUCUGAUUAAAUUGUUUUAAAAGCAAAUUUUACAACAGAAAGUAGACUUGUUGCAGUUUAACUCUUUUUAAAUGUUUUUUUCAAAACUUCCAGCACAAAAAAAUAUUUCCAUCACCCUUAUUUUAUACAAAUAGCUAAAACCCUGUACCGUGUACAGUGUGAUAUUGUAUGUAUGGUAAGACUUUUAAAGAGCCGUAAAUCAUAUUUUACCUGGCCAAUCAAUGAAUCUCGGUGACAAAAUUCUACUUUUUUAAAACAAUCGUGGCCUUAUUCUCAUCUCAGAAUAGAGGGAACUAACCACAAGCGAAACUUUUCCCCAGAACACUUUGACUUGCAAAUAAAAUGUGCCAUCCCAAAAAGUCCUCCAUUAAGAUAUUUCAUGAGGUAAAUAUUGCGAAAGAGAGGAAUCCGUUUUAAUCAGAUGUUUAUCGUCCUGUGUUUGAACUGUUGCUUCUUCUUUGUGUACUUUGUGUUUUUAGGCUCCGGGCCUGUUUUACUGUGCAAUGUAAAAUAAAUAAUUUUAUAUAUUUAUAUAAAUGUUUUAACAAAGCUUGCCUCUUGUUGAACAUGAAUAAAUUCCUUUUUCA